CCCCUGGCCCGGGCGCUCCGCCCACUUCUGGCCGCCGGGCGCGCACGCGCACUGGCUGUCGCGUGUUGCCCGCUAGGGCGGAGUCGGGUGUGAGGGAGCAGGAGCUGUCGCGAGCGUUAGCCUCUUAGCUAUGGCGAGCCUGCGGUGCCAGGCCGAGCAGGAGCCGCUCUUAGGCCACCGCACACCCGGAAGCAGAGAAUGGGAUAUUAUAGAAACUGAGGAGCAUUAUAAAAGCCGAUGGAGAUCUAUUAGGAUUCUGUAUCUUACUAUGUUUCUCAGCAGUGUAGGAUUUUCUAUUGUAAUAAUGUCUAUAUGGCCAUAUCUCCAAAAGGUUGAUCCAACAGCUGAUGCACAUUUUUUGGGCUGGGUUAUUGCUUCAUUUAGCCUUGGCCAAAUGGUAACUUCACCUAUAUUUGGUUUGUGGUCUAAUCAUAGACCAAGAAAAGAACCUCUUAUUGUCUCCAUCGUUAUUUCGGUGGUAGCCAACUGCCUCUAUGCGUAUGUCCACAUCCCAGCUUCUCAUAAUAAAUACUACAUGUUGAUUGCUCGCGGAUUGGCGGGAUUUGGAGCAGGAAAUAUAGCAGUUGUUAGGUCAUACAUUGCUGGUGCGACUUCCCUUCAGGAAAGAACAAGCUCCAUGGCAAACACAAGUGCUUGUCAAGCAUUAGGGUUUAUUCUAGGUCCAGUUUUUCAGACCUGUUUUGCACUCAUCGGAGAGAAGGGCGUGACAUGGGAGACUAUAAAGCUGCAGAUCAACAUGUAUACAGCACCAGUUUUACUUGGUGCCUUCUUGGGAGUUUUAAAUAUUCUUCUGAUCCUUACUAUAUUAAGAGAACAUCGCGUGGAUGACUCAGGACGACAGUAUAAAAAUAUUAAUUUUGAAGAAGCAAGCACAGAGGAAGUGCAGGUUCCCCAGGGGAAUGUUGACCACCUCGGCGUUGUGACCACCAAUGUUCUGUUUUUCACCACCCUGUUUGUGUUUGCCGUUUUUGAAACCAACGUUACUCAAUUAACAAUGGAUAUGUAUGCCUGGACGCGAGAACAAGCUGUAUUAUAUGGUGGAAUAAUGCUUGCUGCUUUUGGAGUCGAGGCAGUUAUUGUUUUCUCGGGGAUUAAAUUACUUUCUGAAAAGAUUGGCGAGCGUGCUCUUCUACUAGGAGGACUCGUCGUUGUAUGGGUUGGCUUCUUUAUCUUGUUACCUUGGGGAAAUCAAUUUCCCAAAAUACAGUGGGAAGAUUUACAUAAUAAUUCAAUCCCUAAUACCACAUUUGGGGAAAUUAUUAUUACUCUUUGGAGGUCUCCAAGAGAAGAUCAUGGUGAGGAACCAACUGGUUGUCCAGCUGAACAAGCCUGGUGCCUGUACACCCCCAUGAUCCAUCUGGCCCAGUUCCUCACAUCAGCUGUGCUAAUUGGAAUAGGCUAUGCAUCUUGCCAUACUAUGUCCUAUUCAUUAUAUUCAAAAAUCCUGGGACCAAAACCUCAGGGCGUGUACAUGGGCUGGUUAACAGCAUCUGGAAGUGCAGCACGGAUUCUCGGACCCGUGUUCAUCAGCCAAGUGUACACUUCUUGGGGCCCACGAUGGGCAUUCAGUCUCAUCUGUGGAAUAGUGAUGCUCGCCAUCAUACUCCUGGGAGUGGUUUACAAAAGACUCAUUGCCUUUUCUGUAAGGCAUGGAAGGAUUCAAGAGUAACAUAGCCAAGAAUGUGAUGAAAACUACUUGUUGUGGGAGACUGCUUUACUCAGGCUCUGCUAGACAACUGCUAUGAGUCACUUUCCAAAAGUCAGGCUUUGGAUACUGUGUUUGAAAUAAUAAGAACAUGUAUGGAAUAACACAGGGAAUGCGUGAAUAGUAAGAUAAUAUAAAAACACUUUAGCUCAUAAUUUCUUUAUCUCAGAAAAGAAAUAUUCUUCAUUUAAUACCUCUGGGGGUUGCAUGAACUCAACGAUAGAAUGGACAGUGGUCUAUAAAUAUGAAAUUGUACCCUUAAACUACAGAAGUGUCAUUUAAAAUAAUAAGAAUAUCUAUGCAGGGGAACCAUAAGGAGAGUUCUGUAUGCAUUACCUAUAACAGAAGGAAAUUAAUAUCACUAUUAAUUUUUCCACUUACCAUGCCUGCCAUCCUACCUUAUUUUUAAUGCUACACCUUCUGUCUUAUCUAAGUAACCACUAAGUUAAUAGACGAGUACAAAUGAUGCAAUAUUUGAGUAAUAAAGAGGAUUAAGAGAUCAAUAUGGAUUUCACUACCUUUAGUAGGGCUAACUACUUUUUUCUUUCAAGUGCUAGUACAUAAUUCACUUUAGAAACAUAAGCCAGGUAUGUGUUAUUGUAUACACAUACUGAACAGGAAACUUAUAAUUACUGGCAUUUUAAAAUCCUUUAAAUUCUAGAGAAAAACUUCUACUUUGUUUACUUUUCUCGUCUCAGUAGUGACAGGGUAGACACAACAGUUUCAGUUUAUGUCUGCAUAGUUAUUUGGAACUGCAGAAUUUUACAUUUGGAUGAGCCAUGGCAGCCCCAAUAUAGUCAGGCUAAUAAACAGUUGAGGCAAAUGGCUUUAAUCUAACCAUUUACUGAAUUUACUUGAGUCUCUGGUCUCUAUGUGUACGUCUCUACCUCCACCUAAGCUGAAUGCUGAUGAAAGGAACUAGUAUAGAAGUAUGAUUACAGAUAAUGUUACCAAAAAGAACCAAAAAUAUGUCUACUUUUCCAAAUGUUUUCUACUCUGAGUUAUAAACAUUUUCAAGCCUGAGAGUAAAGACUAUUAUCUGCACUUUA